AUGGCUGAAGACACUCCUGCCGCAGCACCCGCUGCUGAGUCGUCCGUUGAGCGCGCUCCCGCUGAGUCCAAAGCCGGUGCCACGGAAUCGGCACCCGAGCCUUCCAAGGAGGAAAAGGCUGAGAAUGCCAAUGGAUCGGAAGAAAAGCCAUCUGAUGAUGCGACCGCCUCUGAUGAGAAGAAGCAAUCAUCCGAAGCUUCGGCUGAGCAACCCAGCGCGCCUGCCGAGUCUACUGACGCGAAGAAAUCGGAAGAGGGUGCCGCCGCCGCGGCUGAGCCUGAAGCUGCCGCGGCCCCAGAAGCCAACGGAACUCCGGCAUCGGCCAAGAAGUCUGGCGGCUCCAAGCGUAAAUCCACGGGUAACGUCCCAGAACACAAGUCCAAGCUCAGCCGGAAGAAGUCGCAGAUUCGCGUCACCCACCUGGACGCGAAACCCGGCGAGUACUUUCUCGCGCGUCUUCGAAGCUUCCCCCCGUGGCCGUCUAUCAUCUGCGACGAAGAGAUCCUUCCCCAGACCCUCUUGAGCUCGCGACCCGUGACUGCCCGCCGACCCGACGGUAGCUACAGAGAAGACUACGCCGAUGGCGGAAAGCGCGCCCACGAGAGGACCUUCCCCAUCAUGUUCUUUGAGACCAACGAAUUUGCCUGGAUUCCCAACACUGACCUGAGCCCCAUUGACCCCGAAGCCUGCAAGCAAGUAUCGGAGAAGGGCAAGUCGAAACUGCUCCUCGCCGCUUACGCCGUGGCGGGCGAGGGCCACGACCUCCAGUAUUUCAAGAACCUUUUGGCGGAUCACCAGCGUGCCAUGGAGCAGGAGGAGGAAGAGCGCGAAGCUCAGGCGGCCGCAAAGGCUGCCGCUAAGGCCGAAAGAGAGGCCAAGAAGAACAAGCGCAAGAGCAUGGAAAUCAUCGACGACGAGGACGUGGAUAUGGAAGACGCAGGCGAGGGCGCGAAGAAAUCGAAGAGCUCCAAGAAGCGCAAGAAGGACGCCGAGACCGAGAGCGAAGAGAAGCCUGCUAAAACACCCAAGACCGGCACCAAGUUGAAGCUUACCACUCCGAAGACCCCGGCCAGCGAGAAGAAGGCCCCCGCUUCAAGCAAGGCCAAGCAGACCGCCAGCAGCAAGAAGGCCAACAAGGCUAGCGAGGAGGCCGAAGAGGGAACUCCUGCGGCUUCCAAGGAGCCCGAGAAGAAGGUAAAUCCGGAGGAGGCCAAGGAUAAAAAGGAGAAAGAGAUUCUUUUCGUUCGCCACAAGCUCCAAAAGGGCUUCAUUUCGCGCGACCAGCCCCCGAAGGAGGAAGAAAUGACCACCAUGUCGGGCUACUUCAAUAAGUUGGAGAACUAUGGCGACUUGGAGGUUGCCAUCAUCCGUGCUACCAAGAUCAACAAGGUGUUGAAGAUGAUCGUGAAACUCAGCUCCAUCCCCCGCGAUGAGGAAUUCCAAUUCCGACGUCGUGCCAUGGAUCUUUUGUCCAAGUGGAAGACGGUCCUUGAUGCAGACACCCCGGCCGGCGAGAAGGACAAGGACGACAAAUCCAAGGCCAAUGGUGUCACCAAAGAAGACAGUGUGGACACUCCCAUCAAGGCGGACACUGAGGGAGAGAAGGAGGACGAGCCCAAGAGCAAGCAAGAUACUGCCGAGCCCCAGGAUGAGUCGAUGGUCGAUGUCGAUGCUGCAGAGAAGUCGCAAGCCCCCGAGCCAUCGAAGGAAGAAUCCGACAAGCCGGCCUCCAAGGAUGAUGCGCCCACGGCAGACAAGACGAAUGAGAAUGAGGACAAGUCCACGGAAGAGAAACCCACCGAGGAAAAGGCCGAGGAAAAGUCUGAGGAGAAAACCGAGGAGAAGACUGCGGAAGCUGCGGCAUAG